UUUGUAUUUUGUUAGCGCGCGAUAUUUUGCAAGCAUUUUGUUUUGAUUGUAGCAAAAUUUAUAAACUUAUUUUAACUUCAUUGAUAAAAUAUUGCAGACGUAUUUAAAAUGAGUAAAAAGUCUACACGCUCUUCUAAACCUACUGAGGAAACAGUUGUUCCUGCAGCGAAAGCACCAGCGCUUUACAAAGUGAUGUUCAUAUCAAAAGAACUAUUGGAAGAUCCUGAAAAUGAGUUGACGUUGGAGUACUUUUAUCAUCCUGGAAAAGGCAAGCCUACACUCUUUAUUACAAAAUCCAACACAGAGCUAAUGGAAGUCAAAGAAUUUGCUGAACCCAGACGUUGCUGGUUAAUCAACAAUAAUGUGUGCUCAAACGGACGCAUCUACAUGACAACACCGAUCGAUAUAACGCUGCUGGCAUUGCAUCAUAUACGUUUACAUUGUACACAAAAAGCGCUGGCUUUGGAUGAUAUUGGUGAGGCCGACGACAAGAGCACGUUGCGUUUGUUGCGUGAAUUUGUACGCGGUGAGGAGCACUUGAGAUGUAUCGCCGAUAUAAAGAAAGCCAAUGGCAUGGUAUUUUAUAAAUAUAACGCGGAGAAAACACUGGCUUGGUUAGCAAUCAAAACACGUCGUGUAACUGCAAAGCUGCGAAGCAUUGGUGUGCAUUGUGGUGAGAGUGCAAUGUCAAAAAAUUAUGUACGUGGUGAACUAGAGGGCGAGAACGGGGAAGAAUCUGAUAUGGAUUAUUUACGCAUGGCAUGCGACAUAGUGGGUGACUAUUUGGAUGUAGACUUACACGAGGAGCUUAAAAAAUAUUUGGAAAUACCUGAAGAAAAGCCGUUGACAACUGCAUCGAAGAAAGAGGAAAAAGAGAAAGCUGGCAAGAAGCGAAAAUCUCUUCAACAACUUAAUUCUAAUGAAAACAAGAAAAUAAAAUUGGAAGAUAAAGACAAAAAUGCAACAGAUAAACUUAAAAGCAGUGGUUUGGUUGACGGUUCACCAACUAAUGACCAUAGCAGGUCAAAUAGUAGUUCAAGUGAAGAAGUAAGCCCGCUUAGUGUGGUGCAAGCACCAAUUACGCCAUCACCGGUUAAAGAAAGAAAUUUAACAGCUAAGGAAAAAGCGUUAGCAAAGAGUGCUAAAGGUACAAAGAGCAUUGCAUCGUUCUUUAGUAAGAAAUAAAGCAAUGACUGGUUCAUUGGUUUUUUUGACUUGUCAUAUUUUUUAUAGUUGUUAUUUUAUUGUCAAUUAUUAAGUAAACAAAACAAAA